UUGAUGUUUUGAGUUGAAACAGCCAUGAUGGAUGGUUUCAAACUUUUGUUUUGUUUGUUGUUGCGUCACCACUUUUUACUCAAAGGACAAACUUCUCCUGUGGGAUAUAAAACUUACAAGACUGAUGUUCAGCAAGAACUUCUUGGGAGUAAAGAUAACCCACUCCCUAUUCCUUAUCAAGUAAUUAACCAAAAUCCAACACCAGAGGAGGCAAAGUGCAACAUGGCUGUCCUACUGUCUGUAAAUAAUGCAUCUGGCUUAGUUAUUCAAACAGGUUAUGAUGGGUCAGAGUUACUGGGCACCUCUGGGCACCCUCAGCCCCAGCCAGAAGAGCACAGCUCUGGCCAGCCUCAGCACCAGUCAGAAGAGCCCGGCUCUGGCCAACCAAAGCCCCAGCCAAAGGAGCCCACCUCUAGUCACCCCAAGCCUCAGCCCCAGCCAGAGGAGCCCACCGGUCACCCCAAGCUUCAACCCCAGAUGGAGGUGCCUACCUCUGGCCACCAUGAGCCCCGGCCAGAGGGGAACCCCACCCGUGGCCACCCCAAAAAUCAGCCUCGGCCAGAGGAGCCCACCCGUGGCCACCCCAAAAAUCAGCCUCGGCCAGAGGAGCCCACCCGUGCCCCCCCCCAAAAUCAGCCUCGGCCGGUGGAACCCACCUUCGGCCACCUUGAGUCUCAGCCCAAACUUGAGGAGCACAGCUUUGGCCACUCUGAGCCCCAGCUGGAGGAGCCCACCUCUGCCCACCCUGAGCCUCAGCCCCAGCAAGUGGAGCCCAGCCCUGGCCUUUCCAAGCCCCGGACAGUGGAGUCCACCUUUGGCCUCCCCAAGCAUCAGCCUCAGCUUGAAAAGCCCACGUCUGGACAACCCGAGCCCCAGACAGAGGUGCCCACCUCUGGCCACCAUGAGCCCCGGCCAGAGGAGCCCACCUCCCAUGGCCAAGGCCAGCCCCGGCCAGAGGGGAACACCACCCGUGGCCAAGGCCAGCCCCGGCCAGAGGGGAACACCACCCGUGACCAAGCCCAGCUCCUGCCAGAGGAGAACACCACCCGUGACCAAGCCCAGCCCCGGCCAGAGGAGAACACCACCCGUAGCCACCCCAAAAAUCAGCCUCGGCCAGAGGAGCCCACCACCCGUGGCCACCCCAAAAAUCAGCCCCGGCCAGAGGAGCCCACCACCCGUGCCCACACCCAGCCCCGGCCAGAGAAGCCCACCACCCGUGACCAAGCCCAGCCCCGGCCAGAGGAGAACACCACCCGUGACCAAGCCCAGCCUCGGCCAGAAGAGAACACCACCCAUAGCCACCCCAAAAAUCAGCCCCGGCCAGAGGAGCCCACCACCCGUGCCCACACCCAGCCCCGGCAAGAGGAGCCCACCACCCGUGACCAAGCCCAGCCCCGGCCAGAGGAGAACACCACCCGUGACCAAGCCCAGCCCCGGCCAGAAGAGAACACCACCCAUAGCCACCCCAAAAAUCAGCCCCGGCCAGAGGAGCCCACCUCCCGUGGCCAAGCCCAUCCCUGGCCAGAGGGGAACACCACCCAUGGCCAAGGCCAGCUCCGGCCAGAGGGGAACACCACCCGUGACCAAGCCCAGCUCCGGCCAGAGGAGAACACCACCCGUGACCAAGCCCAGCCCCGGCCAGAGGAGAACACCACCCGUAGCCACCCCAAAAAUCAGCCUCGGCCAGAGGAGCCCACCCGUGGCCACCCCAAAAAUCAGCCCCGGGCAGAGGAGCCCACCACCCGUGCCCAUCCCAAAAAUCAGCCUCGGCCAGAGGAGCCCACCCGUGGCCACCCCAAAAAUCAGCCCCGGCCAGAGGAGCCCACCACCCAUGACCAAGCCCAGCCCCGGCCAGAGGAGAACACCACCCGUAGCCACCCCAAAAAUCAGCCUCGGCCAGAGGAGCCCACCCGUGGCCACCCCAAAAAUCAGCCCCGGCCAGAGGAGCCUACCACCCGUGGCCACACCCAGCCCCGGCCAGAGGAGCCCACCACCCGUGGCCAUCCCAAAAAUCAGCCUCAGCCAGAGGAGCCCACCCGUGGCCACCCCAAAAAUCAGCCUCGGCCGGUGGAACCCACCUUUGGCCACCUUGAGUCUCAUCCCAAACUUGAGGAGCCCCCCUCUGCCCACCCUGAGCCUCAGCCCCAGCAAGUGGAGCCCAGCCCUGGCCUUUCCAAGCCCCAGACAGUGGAGUCCACCUUUGGCCUCCCCGAGCAUCAGCCUCAGCUUGAAGAGCCCACGUCUGGACAACCCGAGCCUCAGACAGAGGUGCCCACCUCUGGCUUCCCCGAGCCUCAGUCCCAGCUGGAGGAGUCCCCCUCUGGCUUCCCCGAGCCUCAGUCCCAGCUGGAGGAGUCCCCCUCUGGCUUCCCCGAGCCUCAGUCCCAGCUGGAGGAGUCCCCCUCUGGCUUCCCCGAGCCUCAGUCCCAGCUGGAGGAGUCCCCCUCUGGCUUCCCCGAGCCUCAGUCCCAGCUGGAGGAGUCCCCCUCUGGCUUCCCCGAGCCUCAGUCCCAGCUGGAGGAGUCCCCCUCUGGCUUCCCCGUGCCUCAGUCCCAGCUGGAGGAGUCCCCCUCUGGCUUCCCCGAGCCUCAGUCCCAGCUGGAGGAGUCCCCCUCUGGCUUCCCCGAGCCUCAGUCCCAGCUGGAGGAGUCCCAGCUGUCCCAGCUGGAGGAGUCCCCCUCUGGCUUCCCCGAGCCUCAGUCCCAGCUGGAGGAGUCCCCCUCUGGCCUUCUUGAGGCUCAGUCCCAGCUGGAGAAGUUCAUCUCUGGCCACCCUGAGUCCAAUCUUCAGCCAAAUGAGCCCGGCUCUCACCAGCACAAGCACCAGUCAAAAGCACCAGAAUCUAGCCAUUUGCCUUUUAUCACCUGCAUGUUUAAACCAAAAUGUGCUUUUGCUCUCAAGUCACUUCUUAGUUCUCUUCAUCACUAAAUCUGCUGUUUUUAUGUCCUUGUGGCUUUUACAAUUGACCCAAAUAAAACCAGUU